AUGAAUCUAGACUCACUUCAAAGUCAUUAUGGUGUUUUAAUUGUUUUAAUAACAUUUGUAAGUCGAAUUAUAUUUAUUGGAUUUUCUUGGAGCUAUGGAACAAUUAUUGUUGACUUCAAAAAACAGAAUUCAACUUUAUCCGAUACAGAAAUGAGUUGGAUUGGUAGUAUUGGUCAAAGUUUUGGUGGUCUUCUUGCACCAUUAAUACUUUUUUCUGCUCGUCGAUUUGGAUUUCAAAUCUCAUUUGUUGUGUCGCUUUUCAUUUGUGUCCUGUCUCUAUUCAUUUCGUCAAUUGUUCAAAAGUUGCAUUGGCUUCUAUUAACUUAUUCACUUCCAUAUGGUUUUGGUAAUGCAGCUAUAUUUAUUCUUGGCACGUUACUUUGUGGCCUUUAUUAUCCAGCUGGACAACAUCCGAAACAUAUAUUUGUUAUGUGCAUUACUUCAAUGGGAUUUCCAUUAGGUUAUCAUGUAAUGAGUGCAUCGAUAUUUUCUACACUUAAAGAAAAUAGUUGGCAAUCAACGAAAAGACAUAUUGCAGUAAUUGAAUUAUUUGCCGCUUGUAUACUUGGUCCAUUUUUCACCACAAAAUUUCUGCCAAGUACAUCACUAGCAUAUCCGUAUCCAUCGACAGCACUUGUUCCAGAUACCAAUCGAAAAAUUUACUAUUCAAAACCGGUUAUUUAUUGGAUGUUAGGCAUAUUUUCAUCUCUGUGUGCUGUGAAUAAUUUUCUUCUUCAUUUGCAUAGCCAUUUGGAAUAUUUACUUAUAUCAGCAGCACGUGCCGAUCUUUGGUUUCGUUUACAUGGUCUAUUCGAUGCAUUGUUUCGGCUUUUAAUACCAGUUUUUCUUCGAUUUUAUCCUAUUGAUAUUAUUUAUUUAUUUCCGGCAAGUGUAUUUACUGGUCUUAUUUUUUUAACAUUAAUAUUUACUCUACUCUACACCAGUUUAAAUGUACUUGCAAUUUUACCGAUAAUACUAUUUAGUUUUACACCGGCUGUUGUUACUGCACUUCAAUAUACAGUUUCAAAUCGAAUUUUUGAAGAAGAUCGAACAGAACAAGGUUAUAUAUAUCAUGUUAUUGUUACGAGUCUCGGAACAAUCGUAGGUCCUGUAGUUGGAGGUCUAUUUCUUGACAUGACAGGAAGUUAUAAAGCGAUCAUUCCAACAUCAAUCUUUUUUCUUUUCGUUAGUUUUGUAUCAUUUAUUGUGACCAUCGUAUUGUUGAAUAGCAAGAAAACUAACCAACUUGAAGAAAGUCAAACAGCGUCAAUUCAUCAGCACGAUAACGUCGCCUAUGGUUCAUCGAAUUGA